AUGAGGAUUUUAACAGCUUGGAAAUCCGCCCCUAAAGUCGCUAGUGCCAUUCCAAAGAGAUACAUUCAAGGACCACCCGGUGGAUUCAAAAGACCAUCUCCGCCUCCGUUAGGCAAAGAAGAACAAGAAGAAUGGAAUCGUUUACAAAAAGAAUCUAGCCAGAAACCCGUCGAUGUUGCUCAACGGACGAGACUUCGGGACUUUGAAGGGAAUGUGAAUCCUGAGACUGGGGAAGUUGGAGGACCCAAGAAGGAGCCAACCAUUCAUGGCGAUUACUCUUAUGGAGGAAGAGUAACGGACUUUUAG